CGACAGAAAUGCCUGCGGUUUAAUCCUGAUGCCACAAUUUGGGUAGCCAAGCAACAGAUCCUGUGCACGCUGAACGAGAGUCUGAAGGACGUGCUCAACUACGGUCUCUUCCAGCCCGCCACCAACGGGCGGGACGCUAAGUUUCUGGACGAAGAGAAGCUGCUUCGGGAGUACCCCCAAUCCUUCGAGAAGGGGGUCCCUUACCUGGAGUUUCGCUACAAGACCAGAGUGUACAAGCAAACCAACUUGGAUGAGAAACAGCUGGGAAAACUGCACACCAAGGCCAGCCUGAAGAAGUUUCUGGAAUAUGUGCAACACAGAAAUAUAUAUAAAAUCCUCAAACUGCUGGAGAAAGGCCUGGACCCCAACUAUCACGACACGGAGACCGGAGAAAUCCCGCUGACCUUGUGCAUGCAGUUCGAUGGCUGUGGAGAGGUGAUUCGGGUGCUGUGUCUGGGAGGGGCGCACAUUGACUUCCGGGCCCGGGAUGGGAUGACAGCGCUACACAAAGCCGCCAUAGCCCGCAACUACACGGGGGUCUGGACUCUCCUGGACCAGGGAGCGUCUCCCAAUUACAAGGACAGGCGCGGGCUGACUCCUCUGUACCACACGGCCAUGGUGGGAGGGGACACCAACUGCUGCGAGCUGCUGCUCUACACCCGGGCGCAGCUGGGCUGCGCGGACGAAAACGGCUGGCGAGAGAUUCACCAGGCCUGUCACCAAGGCCACGCCCUGCAUCUGGAGCACCUCCUGUUCUACGGAGCGGAAGUCAACACGCAGAACGCCUCGGGGAACACCGCUCUCCACAUCUGUGCACUGUACAACAGGGAUAACUGCUCCCGCAUCCUGCUUUACCGGGGAGCUAACAAAGACUUGAAGAACAAUAACAGACAGACGGCAUUCCAGGUAGCCAUCAUUGCCGGAAACUUUGAGCUGGCUGAGUUCAUCAAAAAUCACAGGGUCACCGACAUAGUUCCGUUCCAGGAGAAGCCCCCCUACGUGGGACCGCGGCGGGAAGGGCAGAACGUCCUGAGUUACCCCAACAUGCUGCAGCGGUCGAGCAGCGACAACAACCUGAACGUCCCCGACUGGCUGUCGUUCUCGGCCGGCCCCCCGGCUCAGAGGAACCCCAAUGGCACCCUGCGCAGCACCAGCAACCCCCGGGGAGGGCGAAGCCGGUCACCCUCCCGGACACGCCCGGGCGAGGAGAUCCGGAGGCAGCCUCGCGGGCGGCUCAGCUCUGGGGUUGGCAGUAAGGACUCCACGGGGAACACGCUGAGCCGGAUGCCUAAGCGCAAGCUGUACAGCGCCGUGCCAGGCCGUAGCUUUGUGGUGGUGAAGUCUUACCAGCCCCAGGGAGAGGGGGAGAUCCUGCUCAACAAGGGGGAGAAAGUCAAAGUCCUCAGCAUCGGGGAAGGAGGGUUUUGGGAAGGCACUGUCAAAGGUCGAACUGGCUGGUUCCCGGCAGAGAAUGUGGAAGAAAUACCCAAUAAACCUCAGGAAGGAAAGCAAGAAUCUCGGAGUGAGAAAGCCAAGCGUUUAUUCCGACACUACACGGUUGGUUCUUAUGACAGCUUCGACGCCCCGAGGUAAGUUGCAGCCGACAUCUCUCUGCACAUUA